AAAACAAAAAAAAAAUAAGAAAAAGGAAGUAACCAACUCUGAAGUCUGAACUGUUCCAUUUCCUUCUCUUUCUCUCUCUUCAACUUGUCAAUCCUUUCUACACGGCCAAAUUAUUAUUCAGAGGAGAGAGAAAAUCUCAAAAACCAAAAAAAUCAACCCAAUUUCACCGGAUUCUCUGAUCAUCGGAACCCUAAUUCCUCCAAUCGGCGGCGAAAAUGGCGUCGGCAACUUCCGGCGGAAGUAACCAUACCUCAGAAGUUAAGCUAUGGAAGCUCUGUAAUUUCUGGCAGUCUACUAGUAGUACUUCUGCUACUAAUCAUACAUCUUCUUCGUCUUCUUCUACUCAACAACUUCACCAGAGUAGUCAUAAUUAUCGCAAUAAUUAUGACGGUAACCAUCACGGAAUUGGCGGCGGUGGUAGUGGCGGUGCUGCUGGUGCGAGGCCGAAACCGUCGGUUUCUUCUGUUGCUCGUUCUUUACUUCCGGCGAAACGUCGGCUUCGCCUUGAUCCUCCGAAUAAUUUGUAUUUUCCUUAUGAACCAGGAAAACAAGUUAAGAGUGCAGUGAGAAUCAAGAACACUAGCAAAUCCCAUGCAGCUUUCAAGUUUCAAACAACUGCACCAAAAAGUUGCUACAUGCGCCCACCUGGUGGUAUUCUUGCCCCUGGAGAAAGUAUUAUAGCAACUGUCUUUAAGUUCAUGGAGCAACCAGAGAAUAACGAGAAAAUGCAAGACCUCAAGAAGAAGGUUAAAUUUAAGAUUAUGAGUUUAAAGGUGAAAGAAGAAACAGAAUAUGCACCUGAGCUGUUUGAUGAACAAAGGGAGCAGGCUACAGUAGAACGGGUAUUACGCGCUAUUUUCUUGGAUCCUGAUCGUCCUAACUCAGCACUUGAUAAGCUGAAACGCCAAUUGGCUGAAGCUGAUGCUGCUGUUGAAACACGGAAGAAACCUCCAACAGAUAAUGGUCCAAAGGUGGUUGGUGAAGGUCUUGUCAUAGAUGAAUGGAAAGAGCGCAGAGAGAAAUAUCUAGCUCAGCAGCAGGGUGACGCAGUGGAUCUAUCAGUGUGAACUGUGAAGUGUGUACUUUUGUGGGUAAAGUGUCAUCUUUUAGUAUGACAAUGUUUUGCAAUUAAAUACUUGUGGAUAGUGGUAUGGCUUUUACGACGUAUGCAAAGCAUCAUUGUGUAAAGUCGACAAUAAUUUGGCAGCUUCAUUUCCUUUUUUUAGUUGAAACUGAAAGCAUCACUUGCGAUGGUUAUCAGGGCACCUAUUCUUCUCAUUGUAGAUAUUGAAUUUUGCUUUAUGAAAUAUAAUUGCUAUAUUGUGGUGGCCUGGUGGGGCUUCAUUGUAGA